AUGAAGAGCCUCAAGUCCAGGCUCAAGAAGCACGAAGUCAACCUCUCGGGUGAUGGGGGGGUGUGUGAUGGUGUGUGUUUGGUGUGUGUGUGUGUUGUGGGGGUGUGUGUGUGGGGGUGUGUGUGUGGGUGUGAGUUGAUGAUGGUAGGGGUGUGUGUUGGGGGGGUGUGUGUGAGGGGGGUGAUGUGUGGUGUGUUGUGGGUAGUAUGGUGGUGUGAUGAGUGGGGAGAGAGAUGUGGGGUGUGUGAAUGUGGGGAGUGUUGGGAGUGUAGUGGGGGGGGGAUGUGUGUGGGUUGGUAUGAGAGGGUAGUGUGUGGGGGGUGUGUGAGUGUGUAG